GCAUCAGUCCCGAAGAUGGAUAGCGUUCUGUGCGGCAGUUGGUGUGAACUGAGGAGGGGACCGUGAAAGUCAUGGGGGAGAACGAAGAGAGCAGAUAAGUCGAUCCCAUCGCCGACCAUCAUAGCAACCAGAGGGGACAUUAUUCCGGCGUCCGUCGCUCCAAGAAAGUUGGUCUGAGAGCUUGCCUGCCUCUCUCCCCGUUAUAGCAGUGGUUGCACACUUUAGAGCUGAGCCCGUAUGCAGCAGGCACACCAACCGAGGACUGUUUUCGGCUCUUGCCGCCGGAGCUGAGACUAAGGAAAAAGCGCCCCCCUCUCCAACCAAACGUCCAAUUCAGCAGAGUAUGUCCCUAGAUGACAAACGUGGAAAGGGUUUAUCAUUCACACAGAUGGGAAUUGAGGAUAACAACAUGAGGAACGGCAGAGGCCUGUCCGAUCAGUGGGCUGACACUGUCGUGGUCCGACCCAGGACGACCGAGCGGCACAUCACCGUGCAUAAAAAACUGGUCCUGGGCUUCGCCAUCUCCAUCCUAACGCUCAUCAUCGUCACGGCCAUAGCCGUGCUGCUCAGCGUCAGCUUCGAGGACUGUGCCGUGGCGGAGAGCAGUUCGCGGGCCGGAAACAGCACCAGCACGAAACCCAAUCAGUCCCGGGACGGUAAUUUCAACCACAGGGAUGAGGACAGCCAGCCGUGGAGGCACCUGCGCCUGCCCGUGUCGCUGCGUCCGCGCCACUACGACCUCCGGCUGUCGGUGUACAUGGACAACUUCACCUUCUCCGGCGAAGUCAACAUCGAAUUCGAGUGCGUCAACUCCACCAAGUUCAUCGUGCUGCACACGGACCGGCUGGAAGUGGAGAAAGUGGUGGUCUACUCGGACAACAAGAAGCCGGGCGUUAUGCGCAUCCACCGGCAGUUCCACUACCCGUCCAACCAGGUUUAUGUCGUCGCUUUGCACAGGGAGAUGAAGCCUCUGAGAACCUACAAAGUCAACAUUACUUUUGAAGCCCAGAUAGAGAACGAACUUUUGGGAUUUUUCCGGAGCUCAUACGUGCUGCACGGAGAGAGAAGGUACCUGGCGGUGACUCAGUUCUCGCCGACGCACGCCCGGAAGGCGUUCCCGUGCUUCGACGAGCCCAUCUACAAGGCCACGUUCCGCAUUAGCCUGAAGCACGAGGCCUCCUACCUCUCGCUCUCCAACAUGCCCGUGGAGAACUCUGUGACGGACGACGAGGGCUGGGUGACCAACCACUUCUCGCGCACGCCGCGCAUGUCCACCUACUACCUGGCCUGGGCCGUCUGCAACUUCACCUACCGCGAGGCGCUGACCGACAGCGGCGUGCUGAUCCGUAUGUACGCACGGCCCAACGCCAUCCUGAGCGGGUCGGGCGACUACGCUCUGCAGAUCACCAAGCGCCUCCUGCAGUUCUACGAGGAUUACUUCAAAGUCAAAUACUCCCUGCCCAAAUUAGAUCUGUUGGCCGUUCCUAAGCACCCGUACGCUGCGAUGGAGAAUUGGGGCCUGAACGUGUUUGUGGAGCAGAAGAUCCUGCUGGACCCGGAGAUCUCCUCCUUCUCCUACCAGAUGGACCUCACCAUGGUGGUGGUGCAUGAGAUAUGCCACCAGGAUUAUCUGAUGACCCACAUGUAUGGCAAUGCAGCGAGGGACGACCUUUGGAACAAGUUCUCAGAGGCUAUGCAGAGGGAGGGCAAGGACAUCAACAUCAAGGAAGUGAUGGACAGGUGGACGCUGCAGAUGGGCUACCCCGUGGUCACCAUCAGCAAGAACGAGACCCUCGGCCACGCCGUCACCAUCGCCCAGGAGCACUUUGUCUAUGACAUGGAUGCCAAGAUGCGCGACCCCGAGCUCGCCAACCGCAGUUUCCAAUGGCACAUCCCUUUAACGUUGGCUGUGGGGAACUCCACUCACCUGUCCCCAGAGUCCAUCAUCUGGGUCUCCAACAAAACAGAGACGCACAAAGUGGGGCCGAUAGAGGAGGACACGUGGUUGCUAGGCAACAUCAAUCAGAUGGGCUACUUCAGGGUGAACUACGACCUGCACAACUGGAGACUUCUCAUUGAGCAGCUGAUGAACAACCAUGCGAUAAUCUCCAUUGGAAACCGGGCUGGGCUCAUUGACGACGUCUUUAACCUGGCUAGGGCUGGGUUCCUGCCUCAGAGCGUGCCCCUGCAGAUCAUCGGCUACCUGCCCCAGGAGAAGGAGUUCCUACCCUGGCACGCGGCCAGCAGAGCCCUCUACCAGCUGGACAAACUCCUGGACCGCACGGAGGACUACAGCCUGUUCAGUGACUUUGUGCUGAAGCAGGUGGCUCCCAAGUAUCACAAGCUGGCCUGGCCAACAACUUCUCCUGACGGCUCCUUCAUGCAGGCUGCCUAUCAGGCUGAGGAGCUUCAGCGGGAGGUGAUCAUGCUAGCGUGUAGUUUCGGGAACAAGCACUGUCAUCGCCAGGCUGUGUCUCUCAUCUCCGACUGGAUCUCCAGCAACAAGAACAGGAUCCCGCCUAACGUGCGGGACAUUGUGUACUGCACUGGCGUGUCUCUGAUGGACGAGGACGUGUGGGAGUUCAUCUGGAUGAAGUUCCACUCCUCCACGGCCAUCUCCGAGAAGAAGGUCCUCCUGGAGGCACUCACCUGCAGCGACAACAGCUUCCUCCUCAACAGGCUGCUGAACCUGUCCCUGAGCUCAGACCUUGUUCCUGAUCAGGACGUAAUAGACGUGAUCAUCGAUGUGGGCCGCAAUCCCCACGGACGACACCUGGCCUGGCGCUAUUUCAGAGAGAAGUGGGACAUCCUGAAUGCCAGGUACGGCGAGGCCUUAUUCAUGAUCUCAAAACUAAUCAGUGGGGUGACAGAGUUUCUCAACACUGAUGCGGAACUCUCUGAGCUGAAGGACUUCAUCCAGAACAGCAGUGGAGGAGGGGCGGUGGCGGCGUUCGGCCGCGCAGUGGAGAUCGUGGAGGCCAACGUGAAGUGGCAUCGGCUCUAUGAGCGCCAGUUCUACCAGUGGCUCCGCAAGUCGCCCAACGGCUAACCCCACGACGCUAGCUAGCCCUCCUGCCAGCCAGCCCGCCCAACCAGGCCGCUUCCAGACCAGACCCUAUCAGAUCAGUUCUCUAGCAUGGUGUAUCUCCAACGUAUUUAGAGGCCAACUCCACAACUGGCAACAAACAAACCAACAAACCACAAAAGAAAAGGAAUUGAUCAAUUCAAGACCAAAAAAUGGUCGACUAUGACUUAUUUCUUUUUUUUCGCUCCCCUUGACCAACACACUCAACGGCAAAGACUUGUUGUCUUUUUGUCUGUAUGUCUUGGGUAUACAGGCAAGUUGAUCACAAUCCCUUGAAGCAUUCACUCACAUUAGAGCAGCAUACGGUAACACCAGGAUUUGGGAAGAGGUGGAAGAGCAAGA